CUCCUGGCGCUGUGCGCCGCGCGCGUGGACGGGUCCAAAUGCAAGUGCUCCCGGAAGGGGCCCAAGAUCCGCUACAGCGACGUGAAGAAGCUGGAAAUGAAGCCAAAGUACCCGCACUGCGAGGAGAAGAUGGUUAUCAUCACCACCAAGAGCAUGUCCAGGUACCGUGGUCAGGAGCACUGCCUGCACCCCAAGCUGCAGAGCACCAAGCGCUUCAUCAAGUGGUACAACGCCUGGAACGAGAAGCGCAGGGUCUACGAAGAAUAGGGCGAAAAACCUCUGAUAAGAAAAUUCCAGACCGGUUGGGAGACUUGAGCAAAGGACUUUGCAGAUUUAAACAAAAAAACAAAAGAAAACUUUUCUUUCUCACAGGCAUAAGACACAGAUUAUAUAUUGUUAUGAAGCACUUUUUACCAAGGGUCAGUUUUUACAUUUUAUAGCUGUGUGCAAAAGGCUUCCAGAUGUGAGACCCAUCUCUUCUGCACUCCAGACUUCAUCACAGGCUGCUUUUUUACCAAAAGGGGGGAAACUCAUGCCUUUCCUUUUCAGAAAAUGCUUUUUUGUAUCUGUCCAUAUGUCACUACACAUCUGAGCUUUGUAAGCGCUCAGGACGAGCAGUGAGCUUGGUGGAGACAUUUCCGUGCAGUGCCGCUCCAUUCCCAGCUCGGGAAGCUUCCGCUCAGCCGUCCCUGGGCCUCGGCACAGCUGCCACAGGCUCUCCUGGGCUUACGGUAGGUCACAGCCUCAGUGUGACUCCACAGUGGCCCCUGUCGCCGGGCAAGCAGCAGCAGGUCUCUCUGCAUCUGUUCUUUGAGCAACUCAAGUCCAGUUGCCAGAGAAAUGUGCUUCAUUCCCCUCUGGUUAAUUUUUACAUAUGCUAGGAACCAAUUCCAAGAUCCUGUGAUGGCGAGGCCAGUGAUCCUUAAAGAAGGUGGUGGGUCUUUUCUCCAAGUUGAGGGUUUCUGAAAGCUUCCCUGCUUCGAUAUUUAAUGCUUUGGAAGCGUGUGAGUUUCCCAACAGUGUCAGCAAAAACCUUAGGAGAAAAACUUAGAAAUACACAAAAACAUACACAGCUACAGGCGCACAUUCUGUCGACAUGGGAAAACCUUCAAAGCAUGUUCC